AUGGGCAUGGAGCGGGAGUCAAAUAAGAUCGAGAAAGCGGUGUCCGCUGCCCACACCUUCCUGCAGAAGAACCCCAAGCACGAGAUGACCUUGAAGUACCUGAACUAUUACAGGACGAUGCUGGACGUGGAUGAAUACCUGGUUGACCUGGAGGCUCAGCCCUACGAGCCGAUAUUCGUGCGGUCGGUGAAGCUGUACAACAACGGGGAUUUCCGGAGCAGCGCGGCCGACAUGGAGCAGGCGCUGGCUGAGUACUACAGAGCGCAUGAGGACUGCCUGGCCGGCUGCGAGGGCGCCUACGAGCUGCAGGAGUUCAAGGACUUCUACCCUGCCAUCGCAGACCACUUUGUGAGCGUGCUGCAGUGCAAGGUGGACUGCGAGACCGAGCUCACCCCCAACGUGGGCGGCUGCUUUGUGGAGAAGUUUGUGGCCACCAUGUACCACUACCUGCAGUUCGCCUACUACAAGCUGAACGACGUGCGGGACGCGGUGCGCAGCGUCUCCAGCUACAUGCUCUUCGACCCGGGCGACGCUGUGAUGCAGCAGAACCUGGUCUACUACCGCUUCCACCGCGAGCGCUGGCGCCUGCAGGAGGAGGACUUCGAGCCCCGGCCGGUGAGGACCCCCCCAGUCCCCCCUGUCCCACGGCCCUGCUACCACAACCGGACGGCCGCCCAGAAGAAGAUGCUGGACUUCGCCAUGCAGUACCUGCAAGCUGACGAUGAGAUGGAGGUGGACGGUGGCGAGGGACCGGAGGCGUGGGACCUGCCCUCUGACGGCGAGUUCGAGGGUGAAGGCGACUACGAGGAGGGCUUCUUCGCAGAGUGGUGGCAGGAGCCCAGGACCAAGGGGGACAAAGCCGACGAAGAGACCCUGUGAUGAGCCAGGCGAAGGGGGGCCUGG